AUGGCUGGGAAAGGACUGGAGUUAGCGGGUCUCUGGAUGGAGACGCUUCCCCGAGCCCGGCGGCAGAAUCCCCAUCCCAGCAGGACUCGGCGGAUGGAGACCGGCUCCCGCCCACCCAGCGGGGACGCGCCAGUCCCGGGAGGGGGAGGAGCCGCGGCCCGGGUGCGAUGGGUGGGGAGCCUGGGCUCAGGUGUGCCCGGGGCUGAGGGAAGUGGUUGCUUCCUGGCCGGCAGAGACAGGGAAAGGCAGACGCUUGGCCCCAGGAUCCAGCUCUGGGAAGGUGGAUUUGUCUCCCAGACUCUGCCUCAGAGGAAAGCCAUGGAAGUGGAAGGGGUGAGAAACUUCAAGGAACUUCGAGCCAAAUUUCAAAACAAGGUUGAUGUUUCACCUCUUCCAAGACCUACUAAAUUCCCAGCAAGUGUUUCUCACAAGGGUGACAUUGGAAGUUCCCAGUCAACCCACAUUUUCACCAGUGGAAAGCCUCUCUCAUCCAUCCAGAAUCAGCCCCCACCAAAUUGUUCCAGUGGUGAACCCCACCCUGUUAAACUUCAGAAAAUGAUGUCGGUCCAGAGUAGUGAAAUUCAGAAACGUUCUAAUUCCCCAGGACCUCUGGGAGGGUCUUCUGAUUCUGCUAUAAAUUCACAGAAUUCACAGAAGGUCUCUCAGCCGUUAGAUGUGAAUCCAUCAAAUGCUGAGAAAAUCAGUAAGGAGAAAGUAGUGGGGACCAACAGCUUCAGAGACAAACUCUGGAACUGGGAGAAGUUUUCAUGUCAGAAGAGUGAGAUGUCAUCUUCCAUUCUCCGUGCUAAUUGUGGAAGUAGGGCCUUCUAUCUGAAAGAACAAAAAUCCAUGGGACUUACUCUGGAGAAGCCAACGACAAUGCUGGAAACAAAUGCAACGCAGACCCUUCCUUCCCAGACGCACUUGAUGACCCAAAGAAAAUCACUUGCCACCUCCAAAGAUCCCUCUUGUUUACUUUUUCAACAUAACAAGAAGAUCCCUGAAAACCCCAGUCCUGGGAGGAGCUCGGCAGUAAGCACUUCUCAGCCUACCUAUGAGUGUGAGCAAGCCAGCCAGGCCCUAGAAAAACAGCAUCGCCAGCUUCCUAAAAUGAAGCCACUGCCUUCCGUCAAGUCCCUGGGUCCUCCUCCCCCAAAGCCUCCAAAGCCCCCAGUUGUGAGCCUCCAGGUCUUCCAAGGAAAGGCAGCUGCUAUUCCCAAGACCCAAAGGGAAGCUGCUGCAGAAGAGGGCAUCCUACCUCUAGAGAGUGCUGAAUUUGAAGAACCACAUAAUUAUGAGGCAACAAUUUCAUAUCUGAGACACUCUGGCAACUCCAUUAACCUGUGCACCACAGAAGAAAUUGCUGAUUGUGAUUCCAUGGAGGAAAAGUUAUAUAACCGUGUGGAAGCAACUUACGAAGUUGGACUUGAAGAACUCCAAAAGUGUUGCAAGAGUUUUCUCCAUCAAGAACUUAGCCCUAAACAUGAAGAUGAAGAUAAAAAAAGAAUGGAUAAAGAACCACAUGAAAUGGAACCUCGAGAAACACAAAAGGAUCCACAUUUAAAUCAUCUGUCCAUGGUGGGUGCCUGUGAAGGGACACCUGGAAAAAUCCACAAGAAGGAAGUCCGUGGAGAUAGGAGGAGGCUGCUGCUGGGAAAGCAGGAGGCCGAGACUGCGGUCAUCCAGACAAAGGCCUGCCCCGAGGGCUCGAAGCUGACCAGGUACUCCCAAGGCCACUGUGGAUAUGUGGAGGCAUUGCAGGCAACAAAAGAAACCCUAGUCCAAGGGGCCUCUAAACAAAGUUCCACCACAGAGAUAUAUGAUGAUGUCGAGAACCUGAGGAGAGAGAGACCAAAGUCAGACUACUAUAAUUCUUUUGCUUCUGAUAGUGAAGAAAAUAGUGAAGAAAUGUAUGAUGAUGUCUACAAAACAAAGAGCAACUACUCAAAGACAGAUUUGGAUGGAAAAGAAACACUUAAAAGACUGCGACAAUUCUUCAAGAAAGAAACAUAUAGAUUUAAAAUGAAGAAAGACAAGUCUAAAGAACAUUUAAGUGCAUUUUCCAUUUCACUGCCUAAUAUAGAAUUUAGAUCUCAAGGAGUUAUGAUCUAUGAUGAUGUGGACACAAGUGAAAGAGAGUCAAAAGAAGAUGAUAAACUGAAAACUUGGAGGCCCAAGUUUUUGAUGCCAAAGGAAAACAGAGAGAAAAAAGGUGUUGAAGAAUCAGAAGGUUUAUCUCUUAGAAAUUUCUUCAGAAUCAAGAAGCAAAACUUAGAAAAGAAAAAAUUGGAAAAAGAAGAAAAACUUUUUAGAAAAAGAUUUGAGUAUGACAAACAGAUUACUGUCAUCAACACAGCAGUGGCAUGUUCCAGUAAUUCAAGAAAGGGAAUAUUUGAUUUGCCAAUAACCCCUGGAGAAGAACUGGAGGUCAUUGAUGUCACUGAAGAGAAUCUAGUGAUAUGUCGUAAUUCUGAAGGCAAAUAUGGAUAUGUGCUAAUUGAACACCUAGAUUUCAAGCAUCAAGGUUGGUCACCUUAGGAAAAUCAAGAUCAAAUGGUGUCAUGUGAGAACCAGACCUAACAUAUCAGUCCUGCUUCACAACAGUUUCAGUUCACUUGACAAAAUGAGAUGGUGAAUCUGUGGAAACCUUUUGUUUGUAAUGUAAAAGAGAUAAAGAAAAACAAAUCCUUCACAUUUAGAUAUGGUUUUUACUCUUAAAUAGUUACCUUUCAAAUGCCUACUUCAAUAUGUAUUUUACUGCUGGUACAAGAGAAUGUGCAGCUGCAUGUCAGCAUUUGGGCACGUGUUUAAUGAGACAUUUUCAAAGUUAGAAAUCAUUCCUAUGGUAGUCAAUUCUACAAAUGGUUAGUUUGCUUCUAAUACUAGUAUACUAGUGUUUGUAAUUUCCAGAAGAUGUGCACUUAAAUGAGGUGCUAUUUAAUUCUGAACAGUAAAUAGUUUAACCAAGACCUUUUAAAUACUCAAACUUAGAGUAUAAUCUUAAAAUAAUUAUGGCUGUCUUUAAAAAUCAAGGUAUAAAAAGUACCCUUGUGCUUUAUCAUAAAAUAAAAUCAGACAAAUGCAGCUCAACACUGGUUUCUUCUGGGAAUAAUCUGCUGAAAAGUAAUUUAUUCUUAAACUCAUCCAACAACAUUUUAAGAUGUGCCUAACUAUAAUCUAAAAAAAAAUCUAAAAAAUAUAUAGGCUGCAUAAUUUUAGAACACUCUGUAGCCCAAAAUAGGGAAAAUUGUCAUUGUUUCGCCAAUACCUGAACACUUAAAAUUCAUUUUAUUUUCAUUUAUAUAAAUGUGAAGAAAAAUAAA